GCCAGUUUGUUACGUAAAUAAUGUGAUUUAACGCUUCAAAAUUGUAAAAAGUAAGUUAUCGUGCUUCAUAUUGAGUUUCGCUUUGGUUUUUGUUGCGGAUCAGUGCUCACGAAAACAGGUGCGCUAUGCGAACCGGAAGUAUCUCUCUGUGUGUAUGUACCAAUGUAAAAUGUUGGAGGUAUUUUUCGGAUGAAGUGAUGGCAUGAUGCUAUUGUUUUUGAUGUAAUCAAUAGUGGUGUCGUGUAACACUGAAUCUCAAACUGCUGCAGAGAUCGAUAGAGAGUUAGUGUGACUGUCGUCUGUCAGUAAUUCACCACAGUACACAACCAACUGACUAUAAUAGCUGCUACUGUACCGAGGUCGUUGAUUUAUAGCGAGUACUGUGACGUCCCGAUCAGUGUUACAGAAGGAAGAACACGCUCAGCCCCCCGGGGUAGUCUAUCAGGACGAUUUACACAGGGUCUGCCGAAUAUCGGGGUAAUGCCAGAUCCAAUAGAGCAGCUGAUGAAACACCACGACAAAAGUUUUAAAUUAUAAACCAUGUAAACUGUCGACUGGAUUGUAUUGUUAAUCCAAUUUAAUUAUGCCACAUAGGAUUACUAAUUAUUAAAUUCUUGUCUGGAGAUGUUUAGAGGAAUUAUUUUAAUCACAUGGCUGUGUUUUCUACCAGGUACACGAGGGGAGAUAUGGAUGGACACGACGCCAAUCAAACAACUAGUGAAGGCGGGGGGAUCGACAACGCUGGCCUGCACAGUGGAGAAUCUAGGAAGCAGCCAAGUGAUGUGGUUUGGACCACAGAUGAAUGUUUUGUUUCUUGGUGAGACUCCAGUCACCUCUGAUAUCCGCUUUAGUCUGAAGCGACCUUACUCUAACUCCUGGUACCUCGUCAUUAGGAACGUCAAGAUCGGGGACAGCGGGGUGUAUAAAUGUGAAGUCAGAUACCCCGUCACCUUGACCAAAAAUAUCACACUACAAGUUCAAGUGGCCCCUCGGAUCCUCCCGACCUUGUCCAGUGGUGACAAACAGGUACAGGAGGGGACUGACGUCAAUAUCACCUGUCACGCUACAGGAUUCCCAGAACCCAAAAUCAUGUGGCAUUUUAUCAGAGGCAACACAGAAACACAACUUGAUACCGGACCACAAUUGUCAAUAUCCAACAUCAGCAGAGAACAGACUGGUAUCUACAGAUGUACAGCUUAUAAUACCGUCACCCCUAGUGCCACUCACGAUAUCAGGAUGGACGUCGAAUAUGCACCAACAAUCACCGUAAAAACCCCAGAAUUAUCUCAGAAAUCUGGUAGGAGUGCUGUGUUAGAGUGUUCCGUGGUGGGCUUCCCCAAACCCGAGUAUUACUGGAGGAAAGACGACAAGAGACUGGUGAGGGACUGGAACUACAACCCCCAGAACCUCCAGCAGAACUCCACGACGACCGUCAUGAACCUCGUCAUCAAACAGGCUGAACCUCCCUCGGGGUUCGGGAUCUACUACUGUGUGGCCGAGAACAAGUAUGGGGAGGCAACUGGCAAUGUCACAUUACAUGAGAUAACCACAACCACCACCACCACUGCCUCUCCUACAACCACAUCCACCACCACAGAAUCCACCACUAGUCCAUCCACGGAUCCAACCACGGGAACCUCCACCUCCCCAACCCAAUCCUCAUCCACAAAGAAGUCCCCACCCUCACCUCCCCUGACACAAUCUACAACCAAGUCACCAUCCACCACCACAACACCGCCGAUCACCUCCUCAUACAAACCGCUAGUGACCUCGGGUCCUCCAUACGAAGUCAAUUCACCCGGAGAUCAAGGCAAUAGCAGUGCAGGAGUGAUCUUCUCUUGCAGAACAAUAAUCAUACUAGUUGGGACAUUUUUUCUCUUUUUCUAAGGACACAAGAUUUUGUAUUGUUUGUGUGCUUGUGUGUGUGUGUGUGAGAGAGAAAGAGAGAGAGAGAAUGGGGGCUCCUUUGCUCCAUGUGUUCAUCUAGUCAAUUUUCAACAUUUCUAAUGUCUCAUCAUAUUAUCUUCAUUUUAAUGAAACUUCAGUCAAAGUGGUGCAAUAUACACAUUUUCCCGGAACUUUACACGAUGAAGCAAUACAUUAAUUUAAAACAUUGAUGGAAAAAAUUUGUGAAGAUAAGCUUAGAUACAUGUAGCUUAAUUUGUUCCAAACAAUUAUAGUGCUUACUUGUACCUAAAUUGCUAGCACAAUCUCUGACCCUAUACCCCCAGUGUAUGUCUCAUCCGAUCAAAUUUUCACACCAUCAGAGCUGAGGUGUAAGCUAACUAGACAGGGGAAUUCCUGAUUAUAAUAUGUUUUGUCUAAUACAUUGAGUACAUGUACUUAUUUUCAAGUGUUAACAUAAUUUGCAGUAUUAUGUAUAUAGAAAUUCCAUAUAAAUGAAUUUUAGGUUUUUUGUGCCAAAGUAGCUAUGUGUUUAUUAUUGUAUCUCAGACUACUGAGCUAGUUUGUUAAACUUAGAAUAAUAAUUUAUAAUUUUUUUUAUUGUUAUUUUAAAAUGUCUGUGUAUUUCUGUCAAAAAUGUGUUUUGUGUAUUUAUUUCAUACAGAUGCAUUCUAACUAAGUUUGUUUUUAAAUAGUGACAUUUUUUUAUUUGACUGCCUCAUUUUAUCAUCUUUGCUAGCCUCGAGUUUUCAGUCCACCCCCCCACCCUUAAACAGACCAGAGUGGACCAAAAUCACUUGGCUAGCAAAGAUGCAUUUUAUUUGUUUCCUUAAUAAUUUUUUUUUUAC